AAUACUAUAUACCAAAGCUCACGGAGACAAAACUAUCGAUUGUUCUGGAUUAUAAUAUAUAGUUAUUUUUCUGUGAGCUUCGAUAGCAUCGACAGCUAGCAAUAUUAUCGAUUAAACUAUCGAUAUUCUUUGUUACUAUCGACAACACUAGAAAAGAAAGACCGGGCGGCGAGCGAACUAGCGAAGCUAAAACUCUGUGGCUAAAACUAAUAAAACGACUUCCUUUACAGCUCGCCUCGCUAUUUUGAGAAUUAAUAUUUAUAAUAAAACUACAAGACAUCCGUGAGCUACAUUCAAUACAAGAGAAAUAUUAUGAUACACUAAAAUACUUUUUGCAAAACCUUCCACCCUGCAGUGAAUGCGGCAUUGUUGUUUGCUAUGAAGACCGCUGAGUAACUAUGGAUGAAGAAGAGGAGUAUCAUGACUACAAUGAAAAUAUGUGGACAUAUAUCAGUCUAUGUGCUGAACCAACAUUGUACGAAGGAUUGCGAUUUGCAAAGGACUUGAUAAUAGCUAACCUUUUACUAAGAUUUAUUAUACAAUGCGUAAGCCUACCUCACAAUGUGCGCCACAGCCUCUCUUUAGUAAUUGGUGGCUUCCUUUUAUACUUUAGCAUUGGACCAGCCUUUGCAUGGAUUAUCACUCUUACUACUGGUUCAUAUGUACUUACAGUUUUACUUUCACACAUUACAAAAAAAUGGAGGGGAUUUCUAAUGUGCAUCACUGUGAUUGGUUUCUUGUUGUCCUGUGAAUUGUAUAUAAUAAAUCCUAAAAUGUGGCAGCAAAUAAGAGGUGUACAAAUGAUAGCAGCCAUGAAAAUUAUUUCGAUAGCUAUUGAACUUGACAGGGGGUUGUUCAAACAGAUGCUCAAUCCAGUGGAGUUUGGAGGCUAUGUGCUCUGCCCAGCAAACUGUGUGUUAGGUCCAUGGAUAUCUUUUCAUACCUAUAACCAAUACCUUGAUGUUAAAUUCUUAUCAAAGAGAUGGAUCAAAAUUAUCAUAGUGAACCUAUUCAUAUCAAUGAUUUUCUUAGUUUUGUCUAAUUGCAUAGUGCCAUGGUAUAUUGAUGAUGAAAUGACAAAAUGGUUAGUAGCAUACCGUGACGCCCAAGCCUUCAGAAUGUCUCAUUAUUUUGUGUCUAGUAUGUCGAUUGUAUCAAUGAUCAGUGCUGGAUUUGGAUUAACUAAUGACUGCCAUUCUGAGCUUCAAGUAACUAAACCUUUUUUCAUAGAAUUACCAAGAUCUCUUGUACAGGUGGUGAUCUACUGGAAUAUACCAAUGCACCAAUGGUUAAAAAAUUAUGUUUUUAAAACUUGUCAACCUUUUGGACAGUUUACAGCCAUAUUUGUAACUUAUGCAGUUUCAUCUUUACUGCAUGGGUUGAAUUUUCAGUUCUCAGCAGUUCUUCUCAGUAUAGGAACAUUCUCAUAUGUUGAGUAUAACCUCCGCUGUAAAGUAGCAUCAGCAUUAGAAGUUUGUUGCUUAGCCAAUCUUUGUGUCAAGCAGUGUGACCACAAACAUAAAAAGAAUAGUUUUUUGGCUGUAUUUGUUAAUGCAUUAUUUUCACUUAUCACUGUAAUGCAUCUUGCAUAUUUAGGAGUGAUGUUUGAAGCCUCAUUUUCAGUGCAGGAGUCUGGGUAUUCAUACUUUCACACCAUAAGUAAGUGGGAAAAUCUUAAUUUUUUCAGUCAUGGUUUUGCUGCAUUUAUGUAUGUGAUUUACUUAAUGAUGUAAUAAACUUGUAAGAUGUUUAUUAGUAUUAGUUUUUAUUACUAGGUAUUAUUAGAUCUUAAGUGUAAAUCAAUGAAUCUUUACAAUCUCUAAUUUUAAAUAUUGUGAUCUCUUUUAUGAUAUAGGUAGCAUGUUUUUUUAUCUACUCUUCACCAUUAAAAGUGCAUGUUUGUAAAUGUAGGCAAAUAAGAAAUAAAACCACUAAUCACAUCAACCAUUAUUUUCUUAAAUUGUAAUCAAAAUCUAAUCAAAAUAAAAUGCAUAUUCCACACAUCAAUAAACAUAACUUACCUAUUAGUUCAUUAAAACUUAUAGCCAUUUAAUCUGAUCUUGAAUUAUAUUGAAAUAUUUUUUGAAGAACUUUGCAGAUGUUCUUACAUUGACCAUAUAGGAUCCAUCUUCAUUAGGUAACAUCUGUAUUUGAUAAUUAAGUCUUUCCAGUGUUGGUUGCUCAACACAUGCUUCAAGAUUUUCAAUAAUGUCUUUAGAUGAACGGAAAUACUCAGGUCUUGAAUAUAAAAUUGUUAUUUUGUAGUCUUUUGUGAUUUUUUGAAUCAUUUUGAGUAAAUUUUUUAAAUAUGUG